AUGCUUUUGGACAAAGUAGAUUUUCUGACAAAACAAGCAGAUGAUGAUGGUUGUAUUCCACUGCACUAUGUUGCUAUGAAUCGCAAAAAUGUGGUGGAGAUUACAAAAAUGUUGCUAAAAAAUAAUGAAAGUAGUGCAUACAUCAAAAAUAAGAAAGGCAUGACAGCUCUUCACAUUGCAGCUUACAAUGAGUAUUAUGGUCAUAAGAUUAUGAAGGAAAUUCUGAGAAGUUGUCCAGAUAGCUACGAAGAAGUUGACGAUGAAGGCAGAAAUGUUCUACACCAUGCUGUGACGACUACAUAUCUCUCCAACGUAAAAUUCAUCUUCGAACAUGCAUCAUCAUUAAUUUUAAAUAUAAAAGAUAAGGAUGGAAAUACCCCCUUGCUUCAUAUGGCUGCCACUUCCUCAUGGAAUCUGCUUGUUCUAAAAGCUUUGUUGUCUCAUCCCCAAGUGAAUAGGAUGUCACUCAACAACCAAAACAACAAUAUUCGAGAUGUGUAUAUGCUUCAAUUCCCAAUACGUGAGCCUUCUAUGGGAAAAUAUGUCCUAGAACUUGAACUCAAUUGCGAGAAGAUUAAUAAUAUGCAGAAGGAACUCAUUAAAAGAUUUAAAGAAUCUAGUCUAGUUACUUCUACGUUGAUUGCAACAGUGACAUUUGCAGCUGGAAUUUCGAUGCCAGGAGGUUACAUAACCGAAGAGGUUGGACAUCGAAAAGAACCAGAGAGUGCUGCACUGAGGAACAGCGUAGUAUUCCAGUUCUUCAUCAUAACAAACACAAUGGCCUUGUUGCUCUCUGCUCUAUCUGUUUUUUUGAACAUCCUUCUUAAUAUGGUGACACCAAGUUGA